AUGGCUUCUCGGCUCGAGGAGAAUCUCUGCUGUCCUAUCUGCAAAGACAUCUUUAAAGAACCUGUCCUCCUGUUGUGCAGCCACAGUUUCUGUAAGGCUUGUUGGGAGCAGUGGUGGACAGAAAAACCAACUCGUGAGUGCCCAGUCUGCUGGAAGAAAUCUCCAUCAUUUGAUCCACCGCGAAACUUGAACCUUAAGAACCUGAGUGAAGCUUUUACAGAGGAGAGAGAUCAGAGUUGGUCCACAGCUCUCUGCAAAUUGCACUCGGAGAAGCUAAAACUCUUCUGUCUGGACCAUCAGAAGCCAGUUUGUGUCGUCUGUCUGCAUUCAAAUUCACACACCAACCACAGGAUCAGUCCCAUCGAGGAAGCUGCGAUGGAUUUAAAAGAGGGAAUUCGGGAACUCCUGAAGCCCUUACAGGAGAACCUGGAGCUCCUCAACGACAUUAAAGCAAACUUUGAUCAAACGGCUAACGACAUUGACGUUCAGGCUCAAGACACAGAGAGGCAGAUUAAGGACGAGUUCUCGAUGCUUCAGAAGACUCUCCAAAAGGAGGAGCAGGCAAGACUUGCAGCAGUGAGGGAGGAAAAGAAGCAGAAGAGUCAGAUGAUAAAGAGGAAGAGUGAUGCUCUGAGCAAAGAGUUAGCAGCUCUUUCAGACACAGUCAGAGCCACUGAGUUGGCGCUGAGCGCUGAAGAUCUCUCAUUCCUGCACAACUACAGGUCUGCGUUUGAAAAAGUCAAUGGUUUCCAGUUGAACGAUCCACAGCCGAUCCCAGGAGGUCUGAUAGACUCGGCCAAACACCUCAACAACCUGCCUUUUGCCGUCUUGGACAGUAUUGCGAAGAUGAUCCCAAAUUCAAGGGUUGUGCACCCAAAAACUGAACCUGAACCUCUUCAGUAUCGUACUGCGUGGAGACAUCUGCCGACCGCGACGCACUCUGGAGCGAUGUUCCUCGACACGGCCGAGGAAGAAGACAUGAACCUUUACGGUUGA